GAAAACUCUGCCAUAUCUUUGCUCACUAGAGCUCUGUGGUCACAUUUCUGCCGCCGCUGACUCUGAAUGCUGAUGGACUUCACCCAGCAGCUUAUCUACAAACUCUUCAUCGCAUUCUCCAUCAGUUAAGUCAAUUCAGAGCGUAUCAAAGAGCUUUCUACCAACACGGCCAAACCAAUGGCAGAUCCAAUUGAGUAUCAUACAUCCAAUGCAACAGUAGCCAUCCUGACUAUUUGUUUGGUUGCCUUGAUUGGGUUGCUGGUCUUCUUCUACUUUUACUUGAACAAGGAAGCCAAUGAUGAAUACACAAUCCAUCAACUUGUGUACAAGCAAGGAGGCCUCAGGGAUCAUUUGAGAGAUGCCACCUUGGCCCUCGAGGGACGCCUUGGAGUUCAGCUGUGGCCUCGCAAUGACUCUGCCGAUGAGGGAGAAGAGAUGCAGGAGAUCCAGUGUGAGGAGGGCCAGGUGGAUGAGAUCAGCAGCCUCAUAAGUUGGAGCAAGAGAGAUGAGAAGGAGGCUGAUGGCGCGGCAUGUGGCGGCGUCCACAACGAAGAAGCGUCGGAUAAGUCAAGUUUGGAUGGUUCUGAUACCAGGAGAGAGGCACCCGAGAAGCAGGAGGAGGAGGAAGAGAGUUCAGAGAUUAUCACAGUCCUUGAUCAAGAUUGUGGAGGCGCUGGAAUUGUGAUCAAUCUAAACCAGCUCUCUGGCAAUGCCAUUUGGUCUGAGGAGCAAGACGGUGACGGCAAUGUGACAGCACUGUGAAGGCUUGGCAAAUAUUCUGGCAAAAAGUCAGUCCCACAAAUUGUUAGCAAGUUAGGAGUCCAAACGAUUCUCCAUAAAUGCAACCGUAUGAUUUCAACUUGAGAGAAUGUUUCAGUACUCAGAUUGUAGGCUUGUAUGACUCUUAUAUUUUCACAUCCCUUUUUUCAUCCAUUUAAUAAAUGUAUA